CAGGUGAAUUGGGGAUUAGGGAGGUUAAAGUUGGGAUUGUGGCUGUAUUUGAUGGGCAUAAUGGUGCUGAAGCAAGUGAUAUGGCUUCAAAGCUUUUGUUGGAGUAUUUCAUAUUGCAUACCUAUUUUAUUCUUGAUUUAUAUAAAGAUUCAGGAGCAAAAUUGCAACCUGGUAGAGACAUUUAUAUUUCAAGUGGUUUGCUCCGACGGCCUGAAUUGGAUAUUGCAAGGUUUAAGCCUUCUUUGGGAGCAAGGUCCGAUGAUUCGCUUCAUUUUGAUAUUUUGAAAGAAGCAUUGUUGAGAGCAAUUCAUGAUGCUAUAUUUUCUAUGGAAGCAUCUUGGAAAAAUCUUGUUUCGGGUACUACAGCCUCGAUUAUGCUACUUGCUGAUGGUCAUAUAUUAGUUGCCAAUGUUGGGGAGGCUUUUCUGUGCUCAGAAAAAUUGCAAUCUCCUGCUGAGGCUAAAGCUGCUUAUUUGAGGUACAGGCGGGAAAGGCGUGAUGGUGUCAUUACUCCCAUAUCAUCACCCUUAGGAAACUAUAAGAAACAUUUUGAAUUGGCUUCCUCCUCCUCUGGGUUGGUGCAUUUUUUUUCAGUCAAGGAAUUGACAAGAGAUCAUCAUCCAGACAGAGAUGAUGAAAAAUUUCGUGUCGAAACUGCUGGUGGCUAUGUGGAACUUGGUGAUGUGCCUCGAGUAAAUGGCCAGCUCGCUAUUUCCAGAUCUAUCGGCGAUGUAGCUUUCAAAAGGUUUGGCCUUAUCUCUACACCAGAGUUGACAGAUUGGCAACCCCUGACUGUAAACGAUACGUAUCUUGUAGCUGCAUCUGAUGGAGUUUUUGAGAAGCAGAGCCUGCAGGAUGUAUGUGAUUUAUUGUGGGCAGCUCGCAGUUAUGAUUCUGGUAUAUUGGAGUUCUCUUCCUCGCCGUGUUCAUACUCAUUAGCUGACUGCAUCAUUGAUACUGCACUGGAAAAGGGCAGUAUGGAUAAUGUUGCAGCUGUUGUUGUCCCGUUGAUACCUACUUCGUUUUUUAAAGAGUUUUUCAUGGAAAGAUCAGUUUCCGAGAGGGACAGAAACUGUGAGACAUUAGGACUACAAUGCUCCAUGGAUGACUGCUCAGCUAAUGACUCCAAUUAUGAGUUAUGACCAAACAGCAAUAGAAGAUUACUGGUAAAGCCCUGAAUCCAAUCAUCAUUGCCAUCUUAAAAGUAAGCUUUUAUGCCAAAUGGUUUUGUUGAUGUAAUAGCGUUGUAUCAAAGCAUAGGAUAGGAAAAUGGAAGAGAGAGCCACAUUGGUGAUCAAUAGAUCUGGAAUGUUGUACAUAUUCCAGGUCCACUGUAGACAGCUAUACUAUACAUCAUUAACAUAUAUAUAAACAGAGACUGAAAAUCAAUAUAUAUUUCUAGAGUCAAUGGGAAAGUGUGUGUGUGCUGGAAUGUCAUAUCAGUUUUAUUCUUCUUUGAAAUUCUUCUUCUUUUACAGGUCAGAAUUUUGUAGUUUGUGCUUUUGGUAAUACAGUUCAUUAUGAAUUUCAAGAACACUACCCAUUUUUGCUUUGGCUACACUUUGCAUUGGGUACUUUUAAGUUGAGAUGAUAUAUGAGGACCCAGAAAUUAUGUCUCUUGAAAGGAAAUAAAGCGUGGGUCACAAGUUAUAAACAGA